AUCCAAAUAGGGAGGAAGCCGUGCUUUCUCUUGAUAAUUUUUCCUUCCUCCGCCCCUUUCUUUUGGGUGAACCUUCCUCCGCCGCUUUCUGUCUCGCAAUGCGUCGUCCUUCUCUUGUCUCGUAAGCUUCCUCUCCUCCCCUCCUCACUUCCCAAACCCUAUCCCAUUACAUUUCGUGGAUCGAGCUCCCUAGCGGAGGAUUUCAGAGAUGGCACUCAUGGCAGUUCUGGAAUCCGAUCUGCGUGCUCUGUCAGCCGAAGCCCGCCGAAGGUAUCCGGCAGUGAAAGACGCUGCAGAGCACGCUAUCUUGAAGCUCCGUUCUUUGUCAUGUCCAACUGAAAUUGCUCACAACGAAGACAUCUUGCACAUAUUUUUGAUGGCUUGUGACGUGAAGUCAACAAAACUAAGUGUCAUUGGACUCUCUUGUUUGCAAAAACUCAUAGCACAUAAUGCUGUUGCACCAUCAGCCGUGAAAGAUAUACUUUCGACUUUGAAAGAGCAUGCCGAAAUGACAGAUGAGAGUGUUCAACACAAAACCUUGCAGACAAUACUAGUUGUAUUCCAGUCACAUUUACAUCCUUUAGAAGAGGAGAACAUGGCUCAAGCUCUUGGUAUAUGUCUACGCCUCCUUGAGAAUAGUAGAUCAACUGACAGUGUACACAGUACUGCUGCAGCAACUUUCAGACAGGCUGUUGCUCUAGUUUUUGAUAGUGUUGCUUAUGUUGAGUCACUUCCUUCAGGAAGAAUUGAUUGCAGCUCUUAUGUUUCUCGAACUACAACAAUUACAGAUGAGAUAAGCUGCAGUUUCAGUACAUCACUGUCACUCUGUGGCAAUCUUGUUUCUGGAGGUUCAUUGAAGCGAGAAGUUCUCAGUAAAGUUGGUAAUCUUGGACUUCGUCUGCUAGAGGACCUGACAGCACUUGCUGCAGGUGGAUCUGCAAUCUGGUUGCGAGUUCUUUCACUUCAACGGACAUUUGCUCUCGAUAUACUUGAGUUCAUUUUGUCCAACUAUGUAGCAAUGUUUCAAAACUUGGUACCUUAUGAACAGGUCUUACGCCACCAAAUAUGUUCACUUCUUAUGACAUCGCUACGAACAAACGUUGAGCUUGAAGGUGAAGCCGGGGAGCCUAUGUUUCGCCGGUUGGUUUUAAGAGCAGUUGCAAAUGUUAUUAAGAUGUAUUCUUCUUUGCUUACAACAGAAACUGAGGUUUUUCUAAAUAUGUUAGUGAAAGUUACACAUCUUGAUUUGCCGCUAUGGCAUCGGAUACUUGUGCUUGAAGUUUUAAGGGGUUUUUGUGUAGAAGCAAGGACAUUGGGUCUACUUUUUUGGAAUUUUGACAUGAAUCCAAAGAACACGAAUGUCGUGGAGAACAUGGUUAAGUCUCUUGCCAGAGUAGUAUCUACAAUCCAAAUGGUACCAGAAUCUAGUGAAGAUAGCCUUGCUGCUGUUGCGGGAAUGUUUAGCAGUAAAGCCAAAGGAAUAGAAUGGAGCAUGGACAUUGAUGCACCUAAUGCUGCUGUUCUGGUUGCCAGUGAGGCUCAUUCUAUCACCUUGGCCAUCGAAGGACUUUUGGGCGUUGUUUAUACAGUUGCUGCUUUGACAGAUGAAGCUGUGGAAGUGGGGGAACUUGAUUCUCCUAGAUGUGAUGCUGAUCUCUUCACAGAGUACACUGGCAAAACAGCUGUUUUAUGCAUUUCUAUGGUCAACUCCACGUGGCUGACCAUCCUUGAUGCUUUAUCUCUUAUUUUAAUGAGAUCACAAGGUGAAGCAAUUAUAUUGGAGAUUCUAAAAGGAUAUCAAGCAUUUACACAAGCAUGUGGUGUUCUUCGGGCAGUAGAACCUUUAAAUUCUUUCUUGGCAUCCUUAUGCAAAUUUACUAUCAAUAUUCCAAAUGAGGGAGAGAAGAAGAGCAUUCUAUCUCCUGGACCAAAGAAGUCAGAACCUCCACCUGAUCUGCGAGAUAGUGUUGUUUUAACUCCAAAGAAUGUGCAGGCAUUGAGAACACUUUUCAAUGUGGCACACCGCUUACAUAAUGUCUUGGGUCCAUCCUGGGUUUUGGUCUUGGAGACCCUGUUAUCUCUCGAUCGAGCCAUCCAUUCCCCUCACGCUUCUACCCAGGAAGUUUCAACUUCUGUGUCAAGGCUUGCAAGAGAAGCGUCUGGGCAGUACAGUGAUUUCCACAUUCUCUCUUCCUUGAAUUCUCAGCUGUUCGAAAGUUCAGCUCUUAUGCAUGUUUCUGCAGUAAAGUCGCUUCUUUCUGCAUUACGUCAGUUGUCAAGUCAAUGUAGCUCUGGAUAUUCUCAAACACUAAGUCAGCAAAUUGGUGGAGUUGCAUUCUCAGUGGAGCACAUGAUAUCUAUACUUUUAAAUAAUCUCCACAGGAUUGAGCCCCUGUGGGAUCAAGUUGUUUCUCAUAUACUUGAGCUAGCUGAUAGUUCUAGCCAAAAAGUAAGGAAUUUGGCAUUAGAUGCACUAGAUCAGUCAAUUUGCACCAUUUUGGGCUCUGAUCAGUUUCUGGCAACCAAAGAAUCUCAAAAGCAGUUGUCUGAUUCCCAUGGAGCAGAAGAGACUGAAGUGGGAUCAUUUGAAUGUACUGUUGUAUCUCCACUUUCAUUUCUUUAUAUGUCCAAUCAAAACUUUGAUGUCCGUGUGUCAUCACUGAAAAUCUUACUGCAUGUUUUAGAGAGGCAUGGGGAGAAGUUAUAUUACAGUUGGCCCUGCAUUCUCAAAUUGUUGAGGGCUGUGGCUGAUGCAUCAGAGAAGGAUCUUGUCCCUUUAGGUUUCCAGAGCAUGCGCAUAAUAAUGAAUGAUGGACUUUCAACUAUUCCUCCACACUGCCUUGAUGACUGCAUAGAAGUCACUGGCGCAUACAGUGCUCAGAGCAAGGAGAUAAAUAUAAGUUUGACAGCAAUUGGUCUGCUGUGGACUGCAACAGACUUCAUUGCCAAAGGAUUGGGAGAGAUUUCUGAUAUUGAUUCAAUUGCGGAGCAGAACUAUUCUUCUGGAAUUUGUGAAGAUGUUCAAGACAUUCGUACUACAGAAGUUAAUGAACCAGUUCAUAUGAAAAAGUUGAUUGAUUAUAAAAUGUUGCUCUUUUCAGUUUUCACCAUUCUUCGGAAUCUUGCAGCAGAUGAGCGGCCUGAGGAGAUGGAGGCACAUAGGUUAGAUAAAGAGGGCAAAGAAAAGUAG